AUGUCUAAUCAAAACAAGUUUAUCUGUAAACAUAUUGGUUGUGGUAAGGAAUUUGCUCAUUCAAGCUCAAGAACUCGUCAUCAAAACUCUGUUAAACAUAGUUGUUGUGAUAAUUUAUUUAAGUGUUACCCUGAAACUGUUGAUCCAUCAUCUCGUGUUAAAUGUCGUCAUACAAAUUGUAAUCAAUGGGGUCACACUAAACAUAGAACUCGCCAUGAGAAAUGUGGUAUCCACAGCAAACCAUGCCCUGAUGUUUUUUGUGUUGCAUGUACCAGAUCCGAUGAAUUUGUACGUGGAAAACCAUGGGUUGAAGAUUUUGAUCUAUUACAAUUACCUCCCUUCCAUUGCUUUUUUAAAUUUGCCUAA